CAGAGCGUUCAUAGAGAUAGUAUACCUCAGUGAGCCAGAGAGGUUUCAAACUUUAAUUUGGAUAGUAUUACGCACCUCAUAACAUCACUAGCUACAACGUGAAACGACCCUUCAAAAAAGGAGGGAAAAAAGGAUACAGCUAAUUCAAUAACAUGGAUUGUGAGGACAGUUCCAGCAUGUUUCUUCCCCACCACUCUGAUCCCGAACCUACAAAGUCACUGGCUCCUGAUUGUAACGGUGGAACUCUUGCACUGCUGCUGGAAGACUGCAUUAAUCUGCUGGGGCCAAAUGCAGAGUCUAUGAAACUGGAGGAGGAUUGUGAGGACAUUUCCAGCAUGUCUCUUCCCCAUCAACCUGAGCCCAAUAUGCCCCUCAAGUGGGUAACAGUACUGCUGGAAGACUGCAGGAAAUCACUGAGUCCUGGCUGUAACAGUGGAGCUCAGUGGACACUACUGCCACUCAAGAGAGUUCGAGUACAGCUGGAGGACUGCAGAAAGAAGCUUGGGCCAAAUGCACAAUCUAUACAAGUUGAGGUUGUUGAUAGCAGAGGAUCAUCUCAUCCAGCCCAAGACCCUCUCCCUCACACGGGUGUAAAGCCCAACCAACAUGGAGAGCUUGGAGAGAAUUCAUCUGCAUCAACCGAACAUGGAGAGAUCUCUGCUCCAGGAGAGCUUGGCGGGAACUCAUCUGCAACAGAUCUUAAACUAAAGGAUGCCAACAAAACAAAAAGACCUCACCACUGCUCUCAGUGUGGUAAGAGUUUCAAAACAUCAAAUGAUCUAAAAGUACAUCAGAGAAUUCACACUGGAGAGAAGCCUUACCACUGCCCUUAUUGUGGGAAGGAUUUUGCUCAGCCUGGUUAUUUUAAUGUGCACCUGCGACAGCACACUGGAGAAAAGCCUUACCAAUGCUCUGAAUGUGAUCAAUGUUUUUCACGUCCUGACAGUUUUAAAUUACACCAAAAAGUUCACAUGAAAAUUCAUACUGAAAAGAAGCCUUAUUACUGCUCUGACUGUGGGAAGAAUUUCUCUCAGGCGAGUUACUUUAAGAUACACCAACGAAUUCACACUGGAGAAAAACCCUUCCACUGCUCUGGCUGCGAGAAGUGUUUUACUACAUCAGCUGAAUUGAAAUUGCAUGAGCGGGUACAUUCAGGAGUUAAACCUCACCACUGUGCUGACUGUGGGAAGAGUUUCUCUGUACUUUCUCGAUUACGAAGACAUCAACUUACACAUACUGGAGAAAAGCCUUUCUCCUGUCAACAGUGUGGAAAAGGUUUCCCUGAGAAAUUUAGUUUACAAACACACCAGCAAAUACAUAUCGGAGAGAAGGCUUUUAACUGCUCUGACUGUGGGAAGAGUUUUACCUUAAAACGUUACUUAACAAUUCAUCAAAGAUCACACACUGGACAGAAACCGUACAAAUGCUCUGUCUGUGGGAAGGAAUUUGCACGAGGCAGCAACUUCAUAGCACACCAGCGAGUACAUACUGGAGACAAGCCAUACUCCUGCUCCUUUUGUGAGAAACGAUGCUAUACAUCAACUGAUCUAAAAAUUCAUCAGAGAAUGCACACAGGAGAGAAACCAUUCCCUUGCCCUGAUUGUGAAAAACGCUUCAGUGCAAAAGUUCAACUAACAGCUCAUCAGAGAGUGCACACAGGCGAGUUGCCUUACUCAUGCUGUGAAUGUGGGAGGGGCUACCCACACCUGCAAAGUUUGAAGUACCACCGGGAAAAACAACACAAAUUGAAAAUCUCACCACUGAAGAAGACGACUAAGAAGAACACAAUGAAAUAACGUGCUACAUUUCUCAUUGUCAAUCCGAGCAAGACAUUGUUGAGUCGGUUGAUACUGGAAAGGGGCUUUGUAUCACAGUUAGUAGUGUGAACUGAGAUGUUCAGCAUUAGGAUCCCCUUCAUACACCAGAGAACACGCACUGGAGAAAACCCUUGAAAGGUGUCGUUAUGCGUUGAUUUAUUCUUUGCUAUUUAGGUGGCAGUGUACGACACAGGGCCAGUUUCCCAGAAACUAGUCCCGGAUUAAGCUAUUUCAACAGAGAUUCUCCCGUUGCGCAAGAGGUGUGUGAAGAUGCUUAGGAAUCAUUUUUGCACUGAUUACAGACCAGUCAUGUGUAGCAGCAGGUUGCCCGCUAAAUCAUAUUUCGAUCGGUAAUGUAUUGAUCUUUGGUAUGUACAGCCCUGCCUCAUACAAGCAGUUACUAACAAGAUUUUCCUCAAUAUGCAUAUAGAAUAAGAUUUUUUUUCCUGUGUUUUAAGCAUUCAAUGAAAAGAACAUCUUCCUUACAAUCAAAGAUGGGGAAGGUUUGAUAAUCCUGUGGGGUUGCUUUGCUGCCUCUGGUAUUGGGGGCCUUGAGGGUGCGCAAGGCAUCAUGAAAUCUGCAGGUUAUCAGGUGUUUUUGGAGUCCAAUGUUAAACCCAGUGUCCAAAAAAUGUGGUCUCCAUUGAAGGUUGAUGGUGUUCCAGCAGUACAACGACCCCAACAAAAACACACAAAGCACCCAGGAAUGGUUCAAGAAGAGAGACUGUUCUGGAGUGGCCAGCGAAGAUUCCUGAUCUUAAAUGUAAAUGUAAAUCACAACGUAAACCAAAACCUAUGGUGAGAGUUGAAACGGAGGUUGCUGCAGGUUACCCAUCAAACAUUGAAGAAUUAGAGCACUUUGCUACUAAAAAGUGGGCCAAACAUCCAGUUGAAAGGUGCAGCAAGCUCAUCGAUGGUUAUAAUAAGUGUUGUCUGCAGUUAACUUUGCCAAAUGAUGUGCAACCAAGUAGCUCCAAGGUGUCGAUGCCAUUUAUCUUUUAUUUUCUCAAUUAAAAUUGUAAAUUGAACAAAAUUGGUUCUGCAAUGUUGAAAAUCCAGUAAGCUGUGGCCAAAAGUUAUGGAGUUAUUUGAGUGCAGUGCAGUCAGAAAGUGAUUUUCAUGUGUUUUAUAUAUAUUUAUAUAUAUAUAUUUUCCACACUGAGGUUGGAAUAAUACUGAAAUUGUGACAUUUUUAGCGUAAGAGCUAAAAAAGAAAAGACCGCCUGAAAUUUCAACCUGUUUUAAUGGGAUUGAGUUCUGGCCUCUGGUGACAUCACCAGGCAGUAAAUGGGUUAAUAGACCAAUAAGAAAUAGUUCCAAACCUCUCUGCCAAUAACAGCUUGUUUUCAGUUUUACACUCCCCACAAAGACCACUCCCAGACAGUCCUAGCAAAAUUCUUGCUUGAGAAAUGGGUCUUUGCUACGAAACUAUUUUUGUUUGUUUUCAUUUAAAAUGCUCAUAAAUAAUCACAGUAACGUACUUAAUUGUUAUCUAGAAAUGUAAUAUUGAGAUAAAAAUGGCUGCAAGGAUGCCAAUAUAUUUGUCUGAAACUGUGCUGUACAAUAUUCAAAUCCUGCUUUAUGUGCCCUCUUGACUCCUGAAAAUGUUAGUUAUUUUGCUGCUUACUGUGCCCCCUUCCCCCCAAGUGAAAACAAUUUAAGAGAUUAACCAAUUGCAAUAUAAUCAAAGUAUGUGUAUACAAAUUGAUAAAACACGUUCACUUUUUAAUUAAAAAAGUAAUUUGUAUUUUACUCAAGUCACUACAGUGCCUGCUGUACACCACUCCAGCCGACACUUGGCAUUGCACAUGGCGAUCUUGGGAUUGUGUGCAGCUGCUGGCCAUGGAAACCCAUUUCAUGAAGCUCCCGACAAACAGUUAUUGUGCUGAUUGAUGUUGCUUCCAGAAGUAGUUUGGAACUCAGUCGUGAGUGUUGCGACCAAAGAUAGACGAUUUUACAUGCUAGGCUCUUCAGCGGUCCCGUUUUGUGAGCUGUGUGGCCUACCACUUAGUGUCUGGAGAAAUUGUUGCUCCUAGACGUUUCCACUUCAAAAAUACAUCUGCAGCGUUUACCGUGAAUGCGGUCUCCGCUAAAUAGGUAACAUUGCCUUUAAAUUUCAAUCACGCUGUAAAACUGAACUUCUGUGAUGUGGAUUGAAUAGAACCAUACAUUUAGCUCAAUAUGCGCACUAUUGUUAUUGAAUACAGUCAUCAUUGGCCUUGCUCAUCAAUGCAUCAUACUAUACUGAACAAAAAUAUAAAUGAAAUAUUUUACUGUGUUACAGUUCAGAUGAGGAUAUCAGUCAAUUUAAAUAAAU